CUGAAGCAGGUGCAAGACCGGGAAAGCUUAUGACCUACUUUCUAUGUCUCACCUUAAGAACAAAUGGUGCAAUCAAGUACUGAGUUGGUUACAAAUUAACUAGAAUCUAACCAGCAUGGCUCAGAAGCUGCUGAUAAUCGACACAGACUGUGGCAUAGAUGAUGCUCUGGCUAUCAUAGUUGCUCUGGCAGCUCCUGGUGUGAAGGUGUUGGGCAUCACCUGCUGCUUUGGGAACACUGAUGUGGAUAAUGUGUGUCAGAAUGUGAUGUGGGUUCUGACAGUCUGUCAACAAACCCAGAUUCCAGUUUUUAAAGGGUCUGCUGGUCCUCUAAUCGGACCUGUGACAGGAUUUAAAGAUCACUUUGGCACAGAUGGACUUGGAGAUGUUCUGGAGAACUCUGAGAUUUGGAAAGGGCAGAUUCAGAAAGAGCAUGCACUUCAUGCUUUAAUAAGACUGGUAAAUGAAAACCAGGGAGAGGUAUCUCUCAUAGCUCUUGGUCCACUGACUAACUUGGCUUUGGCUGUUAGAUUAGAUCCCACCCUCCCUCAGAAACUCAAGGAUCUGUACAUUAUGGGCGGUAACAUGGAAGGCAAGGGAAAUCUGACACCAUCUGCAGAGUUUAAUUUUAGUAUGGAUGCUGAAUCAGCUUAUGUAGUUUUGGAAGAAUAUACCUGCUCAACACACCUCGCAACCUGGGAGUUCACUUGCGGAAACAAGCUAUCUUGGGAGUGUUUUGAUGAGCUGGUCAAUCAGGAUACAUCAGCUGCUCGAUUCCUGAAGAAGAUAACCUCCAAGUGCUGGGCCUACUCCAGAGAACCUCGCAUCAUCAACAAAGAUUUGUUCUUUGGGCACGGGUUUGUACCCUACGACACCUUCGCUGUGGCAGCUUGUGUGGACAGCAGCGUGAUCACAGAGAGUUUACAGUGUGCUGUACGUGUGGAGGUACAAGGUCAACUGGGACGAGGCAUGAUGGUUGUGGACCCAGCCAAUACGCUAAAGAAAGACCAUCUUGUCUUUGUGAUGAGGACAUGUGAUCUUAAAAAGUUCAGCUUGAUGCUGAAAGCAGCUUUACAAAUAGCAUAGAAAUGCUUCUUUGCAAUAGAUUUGUAUUACAAGAUUUCCAUUUUCAAAUGUAGCAUCCUUUGCACUUUAUUGGUGCAACUAACCCUGUUCUGUUAUCGUUCCAAACCAAAGACUCUUAUUCAUUUUCAAAACACAAAAGAAAAUAUUUGUAAUAAAACCUAAGAGAUUUCUACGGUGGGCCAGUAAUGCAUAACACAACGAAAUCUCCACAACACAAUGGAAACAAGCCACAACACAAUAAAAUU